UCGCGCCGACGCCAUGCACCACGUUGGGGGCCUCAACACGUUAACACCAAGCAAUCUCACCUGACGUAUUGUUAUAAACUUCUAACGAGUCCGAGCGACUGCCGAACAUUGGUGGAGGAGCAAGCGAGACACUCGCCAUCGUGACGAUCUGUGAAGUGGGCGUAGUCGACACCCUGUAGAAUACCGAGAAUGCGCAGAAUGCGAUGAAGCGUGUAGUGCGAAAUCCUCCGUAUUGGUAUCUGCGUACUCAGUUAGAAUUCGAAGAGAAGAGUCUACACGUUGAUAUUGUAGCAAUGAGGACGAUGAUCAUGCAAGCGAUGACAACUCUUCACGGUCAAGUCGGCGGGUCAAUCCAAGUCGAUGUGUUGCAACAUCAAACUGAAUCUGGAUCGUCUAUUUUACGGGUAGCGGCCGAUUCCGUCGUCAAGUUAUGGAGUUCGAUGACUCUACUAGGAGAAUACGAUGGACACAGAUUGAGAAUUCUAGUAAAGCAGAGUUCACCCUUUCUCAUGUCAUUGGCAGUAGACAGCAGACAGUUUGUGGUAGACAUGAAACAUGAUGUAGAUUAAUUAAUUACUAAAAAUUUUAGUCAAUGCAUGAUUCCAGCACUUGGCACCGACGUUUCCACCCACUAGCUAAAAUGAAAUAAAUAAUACAUACGUAGAUUCUACGUGACUGACAUGCCAGAC